AUGACCACAGUUUCAGGAGAGCCGCUUGGGAGUCCAAACGCGUCCUCAAAUCUAGCGCAACUUGAGGCCCUGACAGUCCGUGGGGAAGCCCACCAGCCUACAGCCUCAGAACAAGUUCGAGGUAUCAUAAGCAGGUUCACCAACCUACUGUCAUCCAAUGUCCUCGUCGGCAAUUCAAACGAGGUCCCCAUACAUAAAUGGAAUGAUGAACUCGGCCGACUGCGAGUCUGGGCCGCAAAUGUUGGGGCGAAUCAAACUGCCCAGUCGUCGCUGGAGUAUCGUCUCCGGGAUGAUUCCCACAUUCUCCGCCAGGUGAGCAACAAUCUUUCCGGUCUCGACAGAUUGCUCCUUGAUCUCGAAGAGUUCCUCGAAGCAGCCGAUAUAGAAACAACAGACUCGGGCGAACAAGAUACCCUCUAUUCGAGUUAUGAGCUUGAUAGGGAUAUACAAAACGAGGCCGAGUUACAAGAGAUCUACGGGAGCGUGGCCAACAUCGUUUCAAACCUCUACGAAUUAUCUAUCAUUAUUCGGAUGCCGUCUCACCACGACCGUCUUCUAUCGACGAACGAAAACAGUAACCUGCAUAUCAAGUCCUGGGCUAAGCGACACGUCUUACGAAAAUACCCUUUCCUCCCUGAAUUCCUCGUUGAAAGACUUGGUACAGCAAUGUCCAAGCAGAAGGCGAUACUUCAAUACCGCGAGAAACAGCACAAUAAGCCCGGCCCAGGCCGCUCAGAUCACAAGCAGCCGACUGCUCCUGAUAAUACUUCUUAUGAUGACCUAUAUGAGACGGACAGUUACUCGGACGAAUCUACUACCUCACCUACUCGCAGGUCUUCCUUUGGGGAAGGCAGUCUGAAAGUCACCGAGCCACCGAAAGAGUCCGCAAGUCAGAGGCCUUUGGAAUGUCCAUACUGCUUCUACACAAUUGUUAUUCGAUACUCUCAACACUGGACACGGCAUAUACUUCACGAUUUGAUGCCUUGUGUAUGUCCCUACGAGAGAUGUGCAACGCCAGAUAGGCUCUUUUGCAGCCGCCGGCAGUGGUACCAUCACAUCAGCACCGGUCACGGGGUUAAUCGCUCAACGGACAACUACUUCACAUGCGUUGUCUGCGGCAGGGAUAGGAUCCCAGCUGGUAGUUUUGAGCGACACUUUGGCCACCACCUGGAAGAUCUUGCCUUGGUCAUGACUGAAACAAGAAACUACCAGUCGGAUGGCGACAAUGAGGAUGAGACAGCAAGUAUUCCGUCUUCAAAUGAGCCUGUACACCAGCCUCUUCCGUGGGGACUCGAUUCUGGACAUCCCUAUCACAGCUGGAGCAUAUCGUCGUCGGCCAACCAGGACUGGUACUCAUACAGCUCGCCACUCGAGCUAAAUCCUUCCUGGCCCAGUAAUCCUUACGCUUCUUCCGUUCCUCUCAGUGUUGAUUCACGCCAAUUCUCCAGCCCAGCCAUGCGCAACGGCGCAGCCUUGAGCAGCGGCGCACGCCUGUUAGACAUUUACGGGGACCAUUCUCAGAUACGGCAACCUUAUCGACGUUCUGCAAAUGUAUUUUCUUACCCACAUCAGAACCCCGGUAGCUUGCAUGAACUGCGUGUGGGGUCAGAGCAACGCCUUGCGAUUAGCCAUUCGUCUUUUGAACCUAGUAAUAGCCCUGCAGGCGGGUAUGUCCAUAAACAUUUAUUAAACGCCUUAUAA